CUCGGAGAGCUUGGUUGCAAGCUACCAGAAAACCAAAAGAAGAACACAACUCUCGUUGACACACGACAUCGCGUUAAUUCAUGGGAGCUAUUCAAACUCUGGCGGUUUGACAAACGACGGAUCGCUUACAAAAUGGCAGCAGAAGAGGAGAUCCAGCUGCUGAGAAGGCAGCUGAAAGAGAGGGAGGAGCAGGUCCACCAGGCUGCUCAAGCUGGCUUGGAUCUCCUCAACCAGCAGAUGGAACUGCAAAACAAGCUGGAUGAACAGAGAGUAGAGAUGACCAAUGUACUUGAGACUCUUGAGCAAGACAAAUACUCCCUGCAGAAGGAAGUGGAGCUGAAGAUUCGGAUGCUGGAGUCACUGCAGUCAGACUAUGAUUGUGUAAAGAACCAGCAGAAAGAACAGCUCCUGCAACAGCAAGAACAUCUGGAGAAGAGUCACAACAUGGCACUCAAUGAGCUCCACAACAAGAUAAUGAGGUUGCAGUCAUCUCUGGAGGAAUCCCAGCUGAAUGAAAAACAGCUGAAACACAAACUCCAAGUGCAGACUGAAACUCUGAAAAACAAGAUGGAGGAACUGCAAGCCCUGAAUGAACACACCCAGAGUUCCAUGACAUCUGAGAUGAUGGAGGGGCAGAUGAAGAUCAUGGAUCUGGAAAGCAGUAAAGUGGAGUUGGAGCAGACACUGCAGGAAUUUCAAUAUAGAGAGCAGCAGUUGGAACUGGCCAACAGUAGCCUGCAGCGCCAGGUGGAACGACUCAUAGAGGAGAAAGAAGAAAGAGACAAAGAAGCUGUGUCGUGGUUCAAUGCAUUAGAGAAGUCUCGUGAGGUGAACAGAGACCUCCAGGUCCAGUUGGAUCAGUUUCUACAGCAAGCCCAAGAUCCAAACAGCAAAGGGAACUCCCUGUUUGCUGAGUUGGAGGAUAAAAGAGCUGCGAUGGAGAGACAGCUGAUAAGUAUGAAGAUCCAGUAUCAGUCACUGCAGAAAAUACAUGCCUUCAGCAAACAGCAAAUGCAGCGCAUGAAGGUCCAGAUAGCCACUCUGAUGCAGCUGCAGGGUUCCAGGGCGGACCCUGCUCAGCUGGAGAGACUGCAGUGCAUGCUCUCUGAGAAAAAUGGAGAGAUCCAGAAUCUAAUGACUAAACUGCAGAGACUGGAAAAGGUGGAGAUGUUGUUGAAGUCUCAGGCUGCUAAUACUGCUCCAGCAGAGGGAGAAAGUCAGGAUGAGACAUACUACACUGACCUACUCAAAAUGAAGCUCAACAACACUGUUAAGGAUGCAGCGCGACUAGGAGAUGAGCUGUCCCUGCAGAGGAUGAAGUCUUUGUCAGAGAGCCAGAGAGCUCUGGAGCUGGAGAGGAAACUCUUCAACUCUGAACGGCUGCUCAAACAGGCUCAGAGUGAUAAGAUCAAUCUGCAGCUGCGAGUAGAGGAGUUACAACACAAAUAUGAACCAAAAGAGGUUAAAAGAAAUCUUAUCCUGAAGAGAAAGAAGGAAAAAAUUCCAGUCGACAUCAUACCACCCUCCGAAGAUAUCAGACCUGAUAAAGAGGUUGUUGCUGUUGUGGAUGUGAUGGACAAUAAAACCACACACCCUGAGGCAAACACCUGUCCUACACAAGAGAGCUCCACACAAGGUUCAGAGACUGAACUGCGACCAGCUAAGUGUGUGAAGAUCAGUGGAGAGGAACCUGUUGUGAUUCCCAACUGCAGCCCUGUUUUGACCGACUGCAAAGAAACAGAAAUGGAGGAGAACCAGCAGCAGAAGAAACGAGAGGAGAGUUGCAAGAAACACAAAUCUGUAGAGACGAUCCAUGUCAGUUCAAAGAGCAGCAUGGAGAACCAGUGUAGUCAGCAGUAGUACUCAUCCUGAACAUUGUGUGUGUGUGUGUGUGUGUGUGUGUGUGUGUGUGUGUAUAUAUAUAUAUGAACAUCCUCUAACACAUAUAU